AUGGCACUGUGGCUAUACAGGGCAAUCCUGCUCCCUAGACUAAAGUACGCAGCCGUCGUCUGGUGGCCCGCCGUUGGGAGAGUCGCCUAUGGACAACGGUUGACCAGCCUACAGGGUAAUUACCUAAGGGCAGGGGCCGGAGUCAUGAGGACGACCCCCACGGCGGCGCUGGAGGUAGCCUUCGGCCUCCUCCCCCUCAACAUCGAUAUCACCGGACAGGCAAAACUAACAGCGUAUAGACUAAUCUGUAUGGGCACCUGGAGGAGCACUGGGACGGGCCACACCGACCUGGGGCUCUCCCAGAGGAGCCCAUUUUCACUCCAACAGGACAAAAUACCUAGGAAAUUCCAGGUAGAGAAGUCUUUCAGAGCGGUCAUCCGCACACGGGAGGACUGGAGAUCUUCCCAGCCCCCUACCUCUCCGGGGGUGGAUGCCUGGUUCACCGACGGAUCGGGGGCUGGGAACAGGUUCGGAGCGGGAGUUUUCAACCCAGCGACCGACACUAGACUCAGCUUCCCCUUGGGGGAGUUAGCCACGGUGUUUCAGGCCGAAGUGCUGGCCAUUUAUGAGUGCAUCAAAAUAUGCCUGGAGAGAAACACGACGGGCAAACAUAUAAUGGUGCACUCGGACAGCAUGGCGGCCCUGAGAGCCGUUACCAAACCACAGGCCGACUCGGCGACUGUAUGGAAAUGCAUGCAGGCGCUGAACGAAGCUGGAAAAAAGAACAAGGUCACACUGACCUGGAUACCAGGUCACCAGGGUUUCUACGGAAACGAGCGGGCCGAUGGGUUGGCCAAAAGGGGUACGGAGAUACCACCUGCACACCAGGUGGUCGGAGUCCCCUUUGCCACUGGGAAAAACAUCAUCCAAAAUGGACUAAAACGCCAACACCUACACCUCUGGAAAACGAGAGUGGGUUGCAGGCAAGCCAAACUUUGGAUGAAAGAACCCAACAUAGGCAGAACCAAGGAGCUGCUGGGCCUGGGGAGGGUAAGACUUCGUGUGGGCAUUGCGUUACUAACCGGACACAUUGCCCUCAGGUCACACCUCCACACAAUGGACCUAGCGGAGCACAGGGAAUGCAGGCUAUGUGGGGAAGGCGAGGAGAGCAGUGUACACAUUCUGUAUCGCUGCCCUACCUUGGCGAUUUACCGGUACAAAACCUGGGGGCGUAUGUUCGUCGAACCAGGGGAAAUAUCGAACCUAAAAGUCACCCAAAUGUGCUACCUGGCUGAAAAAGCCGGGAUAAACGCGCAGGGGCUGACUACUGAUUAA